UUGACAAAUAUCGGCAUCAAUGCGGCGAAUAUCGGAUUCUCCACCCUCACGAUGGAGUCCGAUAAGUACAUUUGCGUCCGUGAGAAGGUUGGUGAAUCAGCACAGGUGGUGGUCAUCGACAUGGCGGACCACACGAAUCCGCUUAGACGGCCGAUAUCGGCUGAUUCGGCCAUCAUGAACCCUGCUUCGAAAGUGAUCGCCUUGAAAGCUGGGAGAACGCUGCAAAUAUUCAACAUUGAAAUGAAGAGCAAGAUGAAAUCGCAUAGCAUGACCGAAGACGUGGUGUUCUGGAAGUGGAUCAACGUGAACACUGUCGCACUUGUCACUGAAACUGCCGUCUACCACUGGUCGAUGGAAGGCGAAAGUCUCCCGCAGAAGAUGUUUGAACGCCAUAAUAGUUUGGCCGGAUGUCAGAUAAUCAACUAUAGGACCGAUGCGCAGUGCAUGUGGUUGUUAUUGAUUGGCAUAGUUGCUAGGGUAGGUAUUUCGUUACUUGGUUAAAU